UUUCUAAUUUAUCUCAUUAGUGUCAAACCAACAAGCUGGGUAAGUCGGCAAAACCUCGAGUUCCAGACUACAUCAUCUUGUCUUUAAAAAACAGGACAGAAGAUUCUCGACCUAUCAACUUAACUUAAGACGUUCCACAACAUGUGCGGUAUCUGGGCUUUAUUCGGUGGCGACGGAAACGUGGCCGAGCAGUGUUCGUGUGCGCUGAAGAUCGCUCAUCGAGGUCCUGACUCUUUCCGGUUGGAGAGCGUCCGCCAUUUUGAGCGGUGUGUGCUGGGGUUCCACCGCCUGUGUAUCAAUGACGGGGAGCACGGCAUGCAGCCCAUGCGCGUCAGGAGGUACCCUCACCUGUGGCUGUGCUGCAAUGGGGAGAUCUACAACCAUAAGCAGCUCCGGGAUCAGUUCGGGUUUGACUGUGACACUGACUGCGACUGUGAGAUCAUCAUUCACCUGUAUGAGAAGGGCGGGGUGCAGUUCGCCGCGGAACAGCUAGAUGGCGUCUUUGCCUUCAUUCUCCUGGACACCAAUAAGAAACAGGUUUGCUUUACUCGGGACACGUUUGGUGUGCGUCCCCUGUUCAGUGUGACGGAGCGGGACAGCGUUUUAGCCGUGAGUUCAGAGGUCAAGGGUCUGAUGGGCAUGUUCAAGAAGACAAAGAACGGAGAUGUAGAACCUGCUAUCAAGGCGUUUCCCCCUGGUUGCUAUAAGUUGUACGAUAUGAGUAAAGAAGGAAGAACGACACUGAAGGAACAUGGACGGUUCCAUGAAAUCGGGGACAUGCCCAAGUACAACGCCCUGUUCAAGCCUCAUAUGACCCCAAAUCAGGAUCAUCUUGAGGCGAUUCGACUGCUGCUAGAGGCAGCCGUUCAGAAGAGGCUGAUGUCAGAAAGGAGGAUUGGCUGUCUGCUGUCAGGUGGCCUGGAUUCCAGUCUCAUAGCGGCCUUGCUGACGAAGAACGCGCGGAAGGCAGGCAUCACCUACCCCAUCCAGACUUACAGCAUCGGGAUGGAGGGGAGUCCGGACAUCGCUGCCGCUAAGAAGGUUGCAGAUCACAUCGGCUCGGAGCAUCACGAGGUCCGCCUGACGCCUCAGGAUUUGCUGGACGCCGUUGAAGAGACCAUCUACUGCCUGGAGAGUUAUGACCUCAUCACUAUCAGGGGUUCCGUGUAUAACUACCUGUUGGCCCGCUACAUCCAGAGGGAAACCGACUCUGUCGUCAUCUACUCCGGAGAGGGGUCGGACGAAGUGACCCACGGGUACAUCUACUUCAAGAAGGCCCCAUCUGACGAGGCAGCUGACGAAGAGGGACGAAGGCUGCUGAGGGAACUCUACAUGUUCGACGUGCUGCGAACAGACAGGACCACUGCAGCUCAUGGUCUGGAGGUCCGCGUCCCUUUCCUGGAUCACACCUUCACCAGCUACUACCUGUCCCUGCCUAUGGAGCUGCGCAGGGCACGAGACGGUAUCGAGAAGUACCUCCUGCGGGAGGCGUUCAGUGGGACGGGCCUGCUGCCGGAGGAGAUUCUGUGGCGCCCGAAGGAAGGGUUCAGCGACGGGGUGUCUGCUGAAAACAACUCCACACACAUGAUGCUCGGGAACUUUGCGCAGAGCAAGGUUACUGAUGAAAUGAUGGCAAACGCAAAGAAGACAUUCCCCACCAACCCUCCAAAGACCAAGGAGGGCUACUACUACCGGCAGGUGUUCGAGCGGUACUUCCCCGGCAAAGGCGACCUGAUGCUCGUCAACUGGACCUCCAAGUGGACCAACAGCGACGACCCUUCCGCUAGAACCCAGUCUAACUACAAAAGUAGUUAGGUACUACUUGCAUAAAUGUAAUACUUCUGUUGGUGAAUAACAUUAACAUAUCAAUUUUGAAAACUAAUA